AUGGGGGAUUUAAAUUCUAUUCCUUAUAAUGGCUCCAAGCCAGCGAUUAUUAUAAGUUUAACUUUGUUAACUAUUGACCUCAUAGCAUGUCUAUAUAUUUUCGUGAGAACAUUUUUACGAUGGAAACAGCUUAAACGGCUUGAUAAAAACUCGUUGCCGAUGAGCCUCCGCUUCCCGUUUUAUAUUGCAUUAAUUGAAUUCAGCCUUUCCAUUAUACAGAUUAUUAACUUGAGUCGUCCGGCAAUAUUGAACAACGUGUGGCAAGAUCCAAUGUGUAGUAUUAUGGGAUAUACUUCAGUAUUCUUAUUUAAUUUUGUUAUGAAUUUGGUAACUUUCAUCAUUUUUAUAACUUGGUAUCAAGCUACGAGAGAUAUCGAUCUUAGCUUUGGUCGAUUCGAUUGUGUAAUUUUUAUCAUUGUUACGACAAUUGCUUCGUUUUACACUUUGCUCGGCGUGGGUGAAUAUGGUGAAACUCAUUCUUGGUGUACAAUUCAAUCGUAUAACUUUUCGAUUCUUAGCAUUUCUCUAGUCAUAAUCACAAUUAACAUGUCACUUAUAUUCAUCCUUUAUCUAAAUACGUAUUUAUAUUUGAAGAGAAGAAAUUUAAAUGGCCGAGAUUCACCCGAGGAUGAGAAAACAAAAGAAAUAUUUUCAUACGCAUUCGCAUUCGCUUGUCAAUUAUUGAUAUUAUUAAUUUAUACUGUCACUACAAUCAUCAAAUUGAAACAUGAUACGAUAGAUAUAAUCUUCAUAUUUGGAAUCAUUAAUGGUGGUUUAUUAAUAACCAUUCUGUAUAUUAUAAAUGAAGGUUGGUGGCAUAAGCCAAUCCCUUUAGAAGUUGUAAAACAUCAUUCGCAGGAUAGUUCGGUUCGAACCAUGUCGUCUGUACCAAAUUCAUUCCGGCUUACUGAAAAUUUUCCAUUUACAAAGAUUCAAGUCGAGGUUAUUCGACAACAAACGACACAACAGAGGCAAAGUGGAAAUUUUUUCUAA